AGAAUACCAUAUCCUUGUCCCAAUACCGACGAGUCUCUAUCAGUUCUUUGUUUAUCCAUCACGAGUAUCGCGGAAAGAGUUUUGCUCGACAGGCAUGGCUGUUUGUCGAAGAAGAAGCCAGAAAAAUUGGCGCAGAAUCCAUAGAAGUUAGUACUUCUAUAACCACUAAAAUGGGCCCUUGGUACGAGAGGAUGGGUUAUAAAAAGUUCAAGGUGAUCGACAAUUACUGGUUGCAGGAGUUGAUCGAGGAAGGGCUAAUACCGGCAUUGGACGCGUGUUACUUUUUAUGGGACUUGUUGGCCUUCGAACAUUCUUUAGUACACCUUCUCAGUGCCCCUAAAUCUCUUCGACCCGACGUACUCGUCAACGGCUCAUCACCUAAGCCUGCUAUGAACGAACGAGUGCUUUGUAUUGCAACUUCUUGUGUCCGUAUAACAUCAGAAAUCGCAGCACAGAAAUUUCUCGAUGAGAAAUACGCAAUUGGACAGGCAGACUUUUGUCUUCUGGAGGUUUCCACAGGAUGGGGAAAUGAGGAAGUAGGAAGACCUGGCAAAGAAUAUCUUCGACGCAGGUAUCUCUUAAAGACCGAAGGAUUCGAGUGCGAAAUUGACGAGGUAUUCCCCGACCGUGAAAUGUUUGCAAAUAUUCCCGAAGAUUGGUUAGCAGCAUCUGACCCGGUGACGGAGCUCUACAUCUACUUUAGACAUGUGUCUACCAGCAUAGAAGUUAUAGAGGGCUACAAUAAUCGUCGUAUAUUCUCCUUAUCAGCAACCAUGCUUGAUAUGUAUCUAAGGCGCUGA